AUGUCGGGAGGUCACAAGCAUCGUUACAAGACAGCAGGAUUAAGUGCUGAUGAAUUACGACGUCGGCGAGAAGAAGAAGGGGUCCAACUUAGAAAACAAAAACGGCAACAACAACUAUUUAAACGUCGAAAUGUUAAAAUGCCUAGCCCUUAUGCCACUGAUGCGCCUUUACAGGAGGACAUUAGUAUUACAACAUCUGAUGACAUCACACAAGAGAUGGUGGCGGCCCUCUAUGGAGACAAUCCUCUAGAACAAAUUUCAGCAACACAAAAAUUUAGAAAACUACUCAGUAGAGAACCAAAUCCACCGAUCGAUGAUGUCAUAAGAACUGGAAUAGUCCCACAAUUUGUAAAAUUCUUAAGAAACAAUUCAAAUCCUACAUUACAGUUUGAAGCUGCAUGGGCUUUGACGAACAUAGCAUCGGGUUCGUCAGAACAGACUUGUAUAGUUGUUGAGUGUGGUGCUGUUCCAGUAUUGGUACAAUUGGCCAGUGAAGGUCGUGAUGAGGUUCGUGAGCAAGCUGUCUGGGCGCUCGGCAACGUAGCGGGAGACUCGCCACGCUGUCGUGACACCGUGCUGGCCGCGGGCUUACUGCCGCCUUUGCUUGAUAUUCUCAAUAAAUAUUCUAAACUAUCAAUGGUUAAGAACGCUGUUUGGACAUUAUCAAAUCUUUGUAGAGGAAAGAAUCCUCCGACGAACUUUGAAGCUGUAGCUCCAGGUAUACCAGUAUUGGCGAGACUCCUGCAUCAUACGGAUGCUGAUGUAUUAAGCGACGCGUGUUGGGCUCUCUCAUACCUAUCAGAUGGACCCAACGAGAAGAUACAGGCUGUGAUCGACGCUGGAGUUUGUCGCAGACUCGUUGAGUUACUCAUGCAUAACAAGUACACGGUAGUGUCAGCGGCUCUUCGUGCGGUGGGUAACAUUGUAACAGGCAAUGAUGCCCAGACUCAGGCUGUAUUGAACUGUAACCCGCUACCAAGUCUACGAGCACUGCUAAGAUCUUCUACUGAGACGUUACGGAAAGAGGCUUGCUGGUCACUGUCCAAUAUAACAGCUGGCAACGCCGCUCAGAUACAGACGGUUAUAGACGCAGAUAUUAUACCAAUUUUGAUAGAAAUAUUAAAAUCAGCCGAAUUUAAAACAAGGAAGGAAGCUGCUUGGGCGAUAACUAAUGCUACUAGUGGUGGGACCCACACACAGAUAUGUUAUUUGGUUGAACAAGGAUGUAUACCGCCGCUGUGUGAUCUUCUAACUCUAACCGACACCAAGACUGUACAAGUGGCUCUCAAUGGACUUGAAAAUAUAUUAAAGGCAGGACAGUCAUAUCGUAGGAAUCCAUUCGCAACACUCAUUGAAGAAUGCUUUGGUGUGGAUAAGAUCGAGUUCCUUCAGUCACAUGAGAAUUUGGAGAUAUAUCAGAAAUCGUUUGAGAUCAUUGAGAAUUAUUUCGGUUCUGAGGGCGAAGACGUACGACUAGCUCCUGAUACAUCCGCCGACACUUUCACCUUCAACGCUGAGCACGCCGUACCCACUGGAGGGUAUCAGUUCUGA